AUGUGGGAAGUGUGGAAUGAGUUGUUAUUGUUCAAGAGAACAUCAAAUAAAUCAUUGGAAUAUUGGAAAACACAAAAAUUAUUCCAAAAAAUACUAUUUCCUGAAUAUGAAAUUAUCACUGAACCAGAAGAAAUUGAUAAUGUUGAAGAAAAAAAUUUAUCAUAUUUAUCAUCGUCACCAAAAAAGGAUUCUAGUGAAGAAUUUGAUGAUAUUUAUGAAAAUAGUAAAGUUAAAGUUGAUAAAGCUUUUUUAAAAUUUCAAAAAAGAAUUCAAUUGUUUCCUAAACAAAUCUUAAGAUAUUCAAGGUUGCAUGAAGAUGAUAAAAACCCAGAUCCAUUAUGGGUAAGUGAUAAUGAUAAACCUGGUGAAGAUGAUAUUAUUAUACCAAAGUGUUCAAAUUGUGGACAAGAGAGAACAUUCGAAAUUCAUCUAUAG